AUGCUGCUCUUUGCACUUUCUGUCUUAGUGACACUUUUAGGUGAAGUCUCAACACAGAACAUUAAGCCACUCGACACAGUAAAGCGUGUGUCAGAGGGUGAUCCUGUUACUCUGUCCUGCAGUUACAGUGAUAGUAAUGCUUAUAAUCUUCAGUGGUAUCGCCAGUAUCCCUCAUCUGGACCAGAGUUUCUUCUUUUUGCCUAUGAAAAAAACCAGAACAGAUGUAAGAUUGGAGAAAGAUCUCAGAAUAUUAUCACUCUCUCAAGACCACUCAUCAUGUUCACCAUUACACUCUUGUGUGUGUGGAUUUCACUGGGUAACUCUAUGGCAGAUCCAAUAGAACCACUUUUCCCCAAUAAAGCUGUGUUUCAGGGUGAUAAGGUUACCCUGUCCUGCAGCUACAAAGAGUUCAGUGGUAAUAUCCGAAAUCUCCACUGGUACCGACAAUAUCCACAAUCUGGACCAGAAUUCCUCCUUUACAUCUAUCCCAGUGGAUCUAAAAGCAAACCUCUCCCACCGCGUCUGUCUGCUGAUGUUGAACAGAACCUUAAACGAGUGGAUCUAUUGAUCUUCUCUGCUGCAGUAUCAGACUCUGCACUGUACUACUGUGCCCUGGAGCCCACAGUGACAGGAAACCCAGCAAUGCUGUACAAAAACUCACAUUUUUUUGGGCUAAAUUACAAUUCAGCAGGAAACCACUAA